GCACGCCAGACUGAAGGAAGAAGAAGGAAUCUGAAGAGGCCAGAUGACACCAGAGCUACUUUUCAACAGCCUCCUCAGUUUCCUUUCUCAGAAAGCAGAAACUCAAACCUUGGAGACAGAUGGGAGGACUGAAGGAAAGAUGGUGCCAUGAUGGCACACAGUGCAGCACUGGGGACACCAGAAGCUUGUUGGAUAAGAUGGCUGCAAAGAGGAAGAGGGAGAUGAAAUGUGAAGGAAGAGCAGUACUGAGGCAGAAUAUAGAGUUCCAGGGAUCAAGGAGAAGAGGGAUAUUCCAGGAAGAGGGAUCAGAAUAAGGUGUUAAUGAAAACUGAACUCAUGAAGGAAGUCAGUUUGCUGCAGAUGCAGCCCUGGGUCUUCAGCUUGUACUACAGAAACAGAAGGAGGGCUCUAUGGAAAGCUUAUAUGAGCCAGUCCCAGAGCAACAAGCUAACCAAGGGAGCAUCUCUAAAAGAACUGGUUCUCUUAUCUUGCCAUUUGGAGAGAGUGGAAAAGUACACAACAAUCUCUCCAAGGAACUCUCUAAUUUUGAGAAUGCAAAACCAAAAAGAAAGUCAAUCUGGAGCUCUAUAUCUGAAAACAAAGGAUUUGAAAGGAAAACAGUGAAUGACACAAUUUGGUGGGAACCCAGCAGCCCUGAGAAUGAUUCCCACCUCAGAAGACUCUGUCAGCUAAAAGAUCUAAAUGAAGAUGACUCUCUUUUGAGUAAUAACCUACAUACUUUCCAAGGGAAAAAACUUCAAGGCAUUUCCUAUCAGACCGUAGAAUCAGGUGGUGACUCAGCAGACUCAAUGGGGACUUUUAAAAGAAUAAAGAAACUGGUUUGGACCAAGAAAGCCAGGAUGCCGAGUCUGAAUGACAUGAAACCUACAUUAAUAAAUCUCCAAGAUGAAGAUGAAACAUUGAUUUCCUGUAUGAAAUUAGCCAAGUCUCAAGAAAAGAAAGUUAGUAAUGUUAGCACAAGAAGAAAGGAAGCAAUGGAGGUUAGAUUGGAUUCUCUUUCUGCAUCACUGGUUCAAUCCAGCACUUCAACUGGAUGCAGUUUGGCAGAAAUGUUAUCCCACAGUGAAAGUAAAGUUCAGAUGUGGAAUAGCUGGAAGCCUUUUCCAGAAAACCUGGUCUGGACGUGUGUUGAUUUCCAAACUACCCACGCUGGACCCUGGGGAAACUGUCCCUGCUGUGCUCACCAUGCACGUCUCAAGUCCUCUUAUACAGAUAUGGACCUCCCACAUUCAUGGCGCAGCAGCAGUUUUGGGAAUUUUGAUCGCUUUCGGAAUAAUUCCUUAUUAAAAGCAGAUGAUUCAACUGAGGUAUGUGAAGGGGAGCCCAUAAAUGAAAGUGGAGAACAAAAUAAAACUUCAAAUAAUGGAGGAAGUUUGGGGAAAAAAGUGAGAGCUAUUUCCUGGACAAUGAAGAAAAAAGUGGGUAAAAAGUACAUCAAAGCACUUUCUGAAGAAAAAGAUGAGGAAGAUGACAGUGCCCUCCCAUAUCGGAACAGUGACCCCAUGAUUGGAACCCGCACAGAGAAGAUCCCCCUAAAAGCCAGUGACUCCAUGGACAGUCUCUACAGUGGACGGAGCUCAUCAAGUGGGAUAACAAGUUGUUCAGAUGGUACAAGUAACCGGGACAGCUUUCGACUCGACGAUGAUGGCCCAUACUCUGGACCAUUCUGUGGCCGUGCCAGAGUACACACUGAUUUCACACCAAGCCCCUAUGACGCUGACUCCCUCAAAAUCAAGAAAGGAGACAUCAUAGACAUUAUCUGCAAAACGCCAAUGGGAAUGUGGACAGGAAUGUUGAAUAAUAAGGUGGGAAACUUCAAAUUCAUUUAUGUGGAUGUCAUCUCAGAAGAGGAAGCAGUCCCCAAGAAAAUGAAGGUGCAGCGAAGGGGUGGAAAGGAAAACCCUAAGACUUUGCAAGAGUUCUUAGAGAGGAUUCACCUUCAGGAAUAUACCUCAACACUUUUACUCAAUGGUUAUGAGACCCUAGAAGACUUAAAGGAUAUAAAAGAGAGUCAUCUCAUUGAAUUAAAUAUUACAAAUCCAGAAGACAGGAUGAGGUUACUAUCAGCUGCUGAUAAUCUCGAUGAAGAAACUAUUCAAGAGCAAGAAAAUGAAUCUAUGCCCUUAUCCUUAAGCCCAGACAUCUCCUUAAAUAAGUCACAGUUAGAUGACUGCCCAAGGGACUCUGGUUGUUAUAUCUCAUCAGAAAAUUCAGAUAAUGGCAAAGAAGAUCUGGAGUCUGAAAAUCUGUCUGACAUGGUACAGAAGAUUAGUAUCACAGAGCCAAGUGACUGAACACACUUCUCAACUCUAUCUGCAGAUGCAUUCUAUUUUAACUCAUCUUGAGUGAAGGAAAAGAAGUGUUUGCAGAUACUGUUAAAGUUACAGUAUUUUCUUCUGAAUGUACAUAAAAGUUCAUAUUUCUAACAUUCCCAAUUAUUGUAAGUAACAUGUAUAUUUAUUAUCCUAAAUGCUACAUGUUAAUAUUUCACUUGCUUAAGGAAAAAUAUUAUGUAAACCUUUGGUAUGUGUGACAUAAACUUUAUUUGGCUUCAUUUUACAAGUGCAAAGUGAUCAAUUCUGCAGAGAAAAUCCUCUUUUUUUUCAUACCUGCCAGCUUUGAAUUUGUGUAUAUUAUUAAAUGAAUAGAAAUGCAGCAUGUGUCUGUUUAGCCAAUUGUCCAAGCAACAUUUACACUUAUACUUUUGUACUUACAGGAGAAGUGGAAGUUAAUAUUGGGGGACAUUUUAUCCUGAUCCACAGUGGAGUUUUAGUAAUUGUCUUUUCUUGAUUUUUUCACUGUUAUCUGCUAUAAAAGUAUAGAUAAAAGUAUAUUAUCAAUUGUGGUUUAGUAAAACUAAUUUUAAUAAUUGUACAGAUGUUUCAUCUUUGAGUGUAAAUAUUUUUAUUUUGAAAUAACCUAAUUUUAAUAAUAAAAAGAACUAUGUGCAUUUUGUA